AUGUUUGUACUUCUCGUACUGCUGUUGGAGUUAGUCGAUACCGUAGUGAUGGUGAGCGAACUCACUAGUGGAACAAUAGUCGAAGGAUUCAGCAAUGAGGCCCUUGCCUUGUUCACUGUUCUUAUUGCUAGCUUUGUAGCAUGUACAGUUAACUACUUCGUAAGAGGUAACAGGAUCGUCCAAAUACAUCCGGAUCUGGCGGGAGACGUUCAGGGAUUUCGGGAAUCAUUUGUUAGAGGUCAAAGUGGUCGUGUUAACGAAACUCAAAGGAUAGCUGCACAAGGUCACGAUGGUGAUCGUACUUGCCCAAUUUGUUACGGAACUGCCAUGUACGCAGUGCUUACGAACUGCGGACACAUGUUUUGCUGUCAGUGCAUAAUGGGCUACUGGAGGCAUUCUGCGUCAUUGAUUUCACCAGUAAGAUGCGCUAUUUGUCGAACAGAGGUUACAGUGUUGCUCCCUUUGAAUUGGCCUCAUGAUGAUGAUGACAAUCAACUUAGAGAGAACAAUAUUGGCCUUAACGACUAUAACAGAAGAUUUUCCGGGGAUCGGCCUUGGCUGGAAUACUUAUGGGACCUGCCAGUUUUAAUUCCGUACAUCAUACGAAAUUUGUUUGACUUCAAUGGAUUGAUGCUCAUGUUCAGGCUGCGUAUAUUUUUCAUAGCAAUUGGAAUAAUUGCAUAUGUUCUUUCUCCUUUCGAUAUUAUACCAGAGUCUGCCUAUGGAUUCAUGGGACUUAUGGAUGAUAUAUUCGUUGCCGUUUUACUACUUGUAUAUAUUGCCAUAGCAGUUCGUCAUUUUAUGGCUCGAAGGGAGAAUACUACGAAUGCUACGGCUUUAUGCCGUUUACUGUCCAGUGAUGAGGAUAUCCGUAUAGCGAACUAA